GUCGUAUAAUCUUGCAUGUAGUCUCGAAUAUCUUUUUCUAAUUACUAUACAUAAAUAUGUACAUUCAGUUUAAAUCCAUAACUUAUUAUAGGUACGUUGAAAAAUUUAUUAAAACUUCAAAAGGUUUUUUCUCGUUUUAUUUAUUUAAAUUUCGAAAAUUUUGUUUUGAUAUUUUACUUAUAAAUGGCUGCUUAUUUUCCACAAAACUGAGACAUUAAAAAAAUUCUUGGCUGCUAAAUUUCAUGUACGUUUUAUCCUACCGCAAGCAAAUUUAGUCGCAGUCUUUAUUUAUUCGUAUUUGGGCAUUCAGCAUAUCAAGAUUCCACAUCCAAAAUUUUUCGUUGUUUAAAUUUCAGUUGUUUUUUGUAAAAUCAAAAUGAGGGAAAUCGUCCAUUUACAAAUCGGUCAGAGCGGAAAUCAAAUUGGAACGAAAUUUUGGGAACUACUGUCAGAUGAACAUGCCGUUGAUCCUACGGGUCACUACUACGGUGACUCGCCGUUACAAAUCGAAAGGAUAAAUGUUUAUUACAACCAAGGCUUAGGAUGUAAGUACGUUCCCAGGGCUGUUCUAGUUGAUUUGGAACCCGGUGUAUUGGACUCGAUCCGUGGACGUGAAAUUGGCCCACUAUUCAGACCAGAUAAUUUUAUUGCGGGGUUAACCGGAGCCGGUAACAAUUGGGCUAAAGGACAUUAUACAGAUGGCUCCGAAUUAGCAGAUGCCACUCUGGAAGUAGUUCGAAAAGAAGCCGAGGGCGCCGAAUGUUUGCAAGGAUUCCAGAUAGUUCAUUCCUUGGGAGGCGGUACCGGUUCAGGAAUGGGUACCUUAUUGAUUAAUAAAAUAAGAGAAGAAUUUCCUGACCGAAUUGUCAAUACGCAUUCUGUAAUACCGUCUCCUAAAGUAUCUGACGUAGUCGUAGAACCCUAUAAUACUACUUUAUCCAUCGAUCAACUGGUUGAGAGUACAGACGCCACUUUCUGUAUUGACAACGAAGCGUUAUUCGACAUUUGUACUCGUACUUUGAAAUUGGAAAAACCAGUUUAUAGCGAUUUGAAUCAUUUAAUCUCGUUAACGUUAUCCGGAGUCACCACCAGCUUUAGAUUUCCUGGUCAGCUUAACGCUGAUUUAAGGAAAUUGGCAGUUAAUAUGGUACCAUUCCCGAGAUUACAUUUCUUCGUACCCGGAUUCGCACCGCUCACCGCCAAAGAAGUACAAGAUUACCGUGCCAUGACGGUUAACGAAUUGACCAUGCAAGCUUUCGACAUGAAGAACAUGAUGGCCGCUUGUGAUCCACGUAGUGGAAAUUAUCUUUGCGUUGCUUUAGUCUUUAGAGGACGGAUGUCAACGAAAGAGGUUGAAGAACAACUAAGCGCCAUCCAACAAAGAAAUUCGAUGUAUUUCGCCGAUUGGAUUCCGAAUAACGUUAAAACGGCGGUUUGUGAUAUUCCGAAUAGAGGAAUCCCCAUGUCCGUUACUUUCAUUGGUAAUACGACCAGUGUCCAAGAAAUGUUCCGACGAAUCGCCGAUCAAUACAAUGCCAUGUUCCAAAGAAAGGCUUUCUUGCAUUGGUACACUGGUGAAGGCAUGGAGGAAGACGAAUUUUCGAAAGCGGAAGGUAAUCUGUUGGAUUUAAUCUCGGAAUUCCAACAAUACGAAGAAGCCAGCGGUGAUGACGAUGCGGAAUACGAAGAAGCGCCCAGACUCACGCCGAGAACUGCCGAAGGUAGUGAAGAAGGUGGCGAUCAAUCAUCUACCGAAUCACCCAGUGCAACAAUGGAUGCCCCGACUAAUUAAUUUUUAUACCAUUGCACAUCAGUACGCAUACGUCAUCAAAAUGCGUUAAUUUUUAAAAUUAUUGUGAACGAUUUUUGUAAAAGAAUGUUUGUUGAAAGAUAAUUAAAAUUAUUGUAAUUUUCGAAUUUUAAUCAUGUUGGACAUACGUUCAAUUUAAUGGUAAUAAAGCUUCCAUCUUAA